GGCUACAGGCGCCUUCCGACUCCUCCUGCUUCCGCUGGUGGUGCAGGACGGCGCUCUGUUCCCGCAGUUUGCUCCUCUGUUGUCGCCAUGCCGCUGGAAAACCUAGAGGAAGAGGGUCUGCCCAAGAACCCCGACCUGCGCAUCGCGCAGCUGCGUUUCCUGCUCAGCCUGCCCGAGCACCGCGGGAACGCGGCGGUGCGCGAGGAGCUGAUGGCGGCCGUCCGGGAAAACAAUAUGGCUCCUUAUUAUGAAGCCUUGUGCAAAUCCCUGGACUGGCAGAUGGACAUGGAUCUCCUCAGUAAAAUGAAGAAGGCAAAUGAAGAGGAGUUGAAACGCUUGGAUGAGGAGCUGGAGGAUGCAGAGAAGAAUCUGGGAGAGAGUGAAAUUCGAGAUGCAAUGAUGGCCAAAGCGGAGUACCUCUGUCAGAUAGGUGACAAGGAGGGAGCUCUAACAGCCUUUCGCAAGACAUAUGAUAAGACUGUGGCCCUGGGUCACCGACUAGAUAUUGUAUUUUAUCUCCUAAGGAUCGGCCUCUUUUACAUGGAUAAUGACCUCAUCACUCGAAACACAGAAAAGGCCAAAAGCCUAAUAGAAGAAGGCGGAGACUGGGACAGGAGAAAUAGGCUGAAAGUGUAUCAAGGUCUGUACUGUGUGGCUAUCCGUGACUUCAAACAGGCUGCAGAGCUCUUUCUUGAUACGGUUUCUACAUUUACAUCCUAUGAGCUCAUGGACUAUAAGACAUUUGUGACUUACACCGUUUACGUCAGUAUGAUUGCGUUAGAAAGACCAGAUCUCAGGGAAAAGGUCAUUAAAGGAGCAGAGAUUCUUGAAGUAUUACACAGUCUUCCAGCAGUUCGGCAGUAUCUGUUUUCUCUCUAUGAAUGCCGUUACUCAGUUUUCUUUCAAUCAUUAGCUCAUUUACAGAGCCCCGUGGACACCAGCUUGCUUCUUUUGGGGACUGUACUCCCUUCUGGCCAUUUGGUUUGGCUACUGGUGACUAAAUCACUUAAGAUGAUAAAGGCAUCCUCCUCAAAUGAUUUCCCUGAAACUACUCAUGACAAAUGCUGCUGCUGUUUUGGAGGGAAGUGUGUUCUUUCUAGUGAAACUAAAUUGAUGAUUUUGGUAGCUUUUGGAUGUUAGGGCUUCAGUCUUUCCCACUCACUCUGUUCUUAUCAACCUUUUAUUCAAGUAGUUCUGAAUGAAAGAUUGGAGGUUUAAUAAAUGUGUACACUUCUUAGGUGUUUUAAAUGCAGAAAACAAUAAAGUUCUUAUUUUUCAUUUGCACUCAUGAACCAUAUAAAGCUUGUUGAGUUUUGUGAGAUUAGUUCUUAAAUAAUCAUAGACUAAUGUGUUUACACUUCAGCUGCAGUGGCAGGGAGGGAGUGUGCUUUUGAGAUCCGUAGUCGUAAGUGACUCUCAUGGACUGAGUGCAGAGCGUUCAACUGACCGGAGUUCCUUCGAGCUCCUCCCUGAGCGUGCCAUGUGCCUCAGCUUACUGUUUGAUAGACAAUUUCCAAUGCCAGCUUAGCCUGUAAAGUAAUCUGGUUUUGAACAUGGAGGUAGCACUGCUGUCCCACUUAUUUCCUUAGGUGGAGUCGAAGAAAUCAAGUAUUAAUACCUUGACCAUGCUGCACCUAGAAAAUUGUGCCACUUUGUGGGCAUAUCGUUUAGACUUCUCUCAUUUUAUAGUAUUUGAAAGAACUCAUAUCCACAUUUUAAUAAAAUUUUAGGCAACUUGAAAGAAAAAAAGGAAUUUUAUUGGUCGUAUGUACCUUACUGUUGGUGAGAGUGUACGCACCAUCUUAGUGGCCUGCUCCUUGUCAUCCUGUCUCACUGGACAGAGGACCAUCCUUCAGUUUUCAGUUUUGUUCACUUGGUUCCUUAGGCACAGACUUUUUUCUUUGGACCUUCCUUUCAGUGACAGACUGCUUUUGUUGCCCCUGCCUUGUCUCUGUCCUCUUUUAGAAAAUACAUCUGGAUGGCUGUGUGCUCCAGAUUCCUGGUUCUAGCCCUCAGCCUUCAUCAAAUACUAGACCCAUUCGUGACCUCUCCUUGAUAUCCUUGCUUGUCUGAUGGGCACACCCACUUGAACAGUGCCUCAGUAUAUUUGAACCUCAUUCUUUACCCUCUAAAAAACAUUAACUGCCAAACAGACUACACCCAAAAUUGUUGCUUUUCCUGGGAUUUUUCAGCUUGUUCACACCAGAUUCCCUAAUCACCUUGUCUCUACCCUCAUUUACAUUUUUUC